GCGCAGACACCAUCCAGUUCCAUAGUAGCCCUCCAUCACGACAUUACUUCAUAUCUCCUCAAAUAGGAGUUCGUAAUUCGUGAAACGACCAAACCAGUUCCAACUUAUCGACCACAUACACCAAGUUCCAGAAGAAAAUCUUCAAAAUGUCGAACCUUGCUGACCCUACCGCCUUCGUCAAAGACUUUCUCGCUGGAGGAAUCUCUGCGGCUGUCUCCAAGACCGCUGUGGCCCCGAUCGAGAGAGUCAAGCUGCUGCUCCAGGUCCAACAUGUGAGCAAACAGAUCGCAGAGAAGGACCGCUACAAAGGUAUCGUCGAUGCCUUCGUCCGUAUCCCUAAGGAGCAGGGGUUCUCCUCCUUCUGGAGGGGAAACAUGGCCAACGUCAUCAGGUACUUCCCAACGCAAGCGCUGAAUUUCGCUUUCAAGGACAAAUACAAGCAGGUAUUCCUCGGCGGAGUGGACAAGCACACGCAAUUCUGGAGGUACUUCGCCGGAAACCUGGCAUCAGGCGGCGCCGCUGGAGCCACGUCUCUCUGCUUCGUGUACCCUCUGGACUUCGCAAGAACGCGACUAGCAGCUGAUGUGAGCAAGGGGGGUAAAGACGGCGCUAGAGAAUUCAGCGGUUUGGGCAACUGCUUGAGCAAAGUCUUCAAAUCCGACGGCUUGACCGGCCUGUACAGAGGUUUCGGUGUGUCGGUCCAAGGCAUCAUCAUCUACCGAGCGUCGUACUUCGGGCUUUACGACACGGCUAGAGGCAUGCUGCCUGACCCGAAGAACACUCCCCUGGUCAUCAGCUGGGCUAUAGCGCAGGCUGUGACCACAGUUUCAGGCAUCGUGUCGUAUCCCUUCGACACGGUAAGGCGGCGAAUGAUGAUGCAGUCUGGGCGCGCUAAGGCCGAUAUUUUGUACACUGGAACCAUCCAUUGCUGGGCUACUAUUGCGAAGACGGAAGGAGGUUCGGCCUUCUUCAAGGGGGCUUUCUCGAACGUUCUGCGAGGAACCGGUGGUGCUUUCGUGCUUGUCUUAUACGAUGAGAUCAAGAAUCUGCUGUGAGUUAGCUAACAGUUAUGUUUAUAGGUAUUUUCGGACAAGAUAAUUAUCUGUUCUUCAAUACAAUUUCUUUGAAGUGCAACAGUCGUAUCUGUUACGGAUGCGUAAUGUAUUAAUUAUCCGUUGAUUUUAGUGCAUAAUAAUAUGUUAUUAUUGUGAUGUAAUUCCAUCCAUCAUUCAUUAUCUUGUGUACUUUUGAAAGACCUAUUUUAGUUUUCCCUUUUUUCGUUUGUGAUCCGUCACUUUUCUGACAUGUUUGCCUAUUUCAUCAUAAUCGUCUACAUCUUUAAAGGUCACGGAAUAUUUUUUUACUGACAGAUUUACUUCCAUAAUUCCUUCUUUUAGCAUAACGUUUAUAUUAUGUAUAUGUUAUAAGUUUUUGAAAUCUAUAGUUAAAUUAUUCAUACAUUUUUGAAAGACAGUCUCAGCCAGGUAUACUGUUGGAGUAAUCAUUAGAAUUUAAUUUUGCUUUGUCCUGUACAAAGAAUAAGACGUUUAUUAAUGAUAACUUCAACGGUAUACCUCGUUUAGUCUGUUCCAUAUUUUUUUUAGUUAAAAAGAAAAUGUUUUUCUCUUUAACUGAAGAACCCUGUAAAUACUGAACCAGUUUCAUAGUGACAAUUCCGAGAAAAAUAAAGAUAAUGAACUUA